UUUAGCAGUAAAAAAAUGGCCAUUCGCGUUGAAAAAAAAUUAUUGGGCAGGAUGGCAACGCGAGGAUUAGCCAAAAUGUUCAUCGAUGAUAGUGUUGGCUCAUUACUGGAUAAUAUUUACACUAUGGCCAAAUUGGAAAUGAAAGAGAAGAAAAAAGCUGAAAAAUUAGUUAAAAACAUCUUGAAAAUCAUUGUUAAAAUUGGCAUCUUAUAUCGUUAUGAGCAAUUGAAUGAGGAAGAACUAGAGAUUGGACACCAGUUGCAAGAUAAAUUCCAUCAAUUAAUCUUAACCAUUAUCAGCUUUCGUGAGAUUAGUUUCACAUUUGAUAAGCGUUACCUAAUUAGAAUGUUAAAUGAAUGUAAACAGCUGAUUGAUAGCUUAAUCAAUCGCCAUUUAACCGAUAAAUCGCAUAAAAGAGUUAAAAAUGUAUUUGAAUUUUAUUCCAACGAAGAAUUUAUUGAGAGAGCAUUUGAUCGCAAUGAUAAAUUUAAUGUUAUUAUGGAUGAAAUUGUUGAUAAAUUGAAUCAUCUCGUAGAGAGUGGCCAGUUAUAA